ACCAACGUACUUUUUAGAAUCAACUGUCAGUGGAACGGAAUUUUGAUUUUAUUCUUUUGAUGAAUAAAUGGUUUAUCUCUUUUGAGUAUUUCUCGUACUUUAUGAAUGAGAAAGCUUAUAUUUUAUUGUCAGUGUUUGAUAGUCUAGUGUAGUAAUUGAUUUAGUGAAAGUAUGGCCCAGUUUAACUACUUGAAUGAAAUAAAUAGUUUAGCGACAAUGGACGGGCCGAUAACUCGAGGUCCCCUUCAACGUUGGGCGAAGAAAUCUAACAGUGAAAACAUAAACCCGUUAAGUACCUCGUUCAAGAAUCAUUCCAACAUAAAUUUGAGUUCUUGCAACCAGUCCAUGCAAAAGUUGUCAAUAUCGGCGAACCAAAGUUGUAACAACAGUGUGAUAUCUACGAACAAGACUCCAACGCGGAAUGACAACAAGAAGGGCAAGAAGACACCGUCCAAAAACAAAUCUCCAGGUCGAUCAACUACUCCUACUCCAAACAAAGCAUCGAAAACACCAAAUAAAGCUGACAGAUUUAUUCCCUCUAGAAGUAAUUCCAAUUAUGACCUGUGCCAUUACAUGAUGAGCCGUGAUGACGAUAGGAACGAAGACUCAGCUCCUCAAUCAGCAGCUGGUGAAGCUAUAGGACGAGCUUUAACAGACACGGAGCCAGGCAGACUCCUGCAGUACACCUGUAAGGCACCUGCAGCUCCUGAAGGAUACCAGAACAGACUUAGGGUUGUGUAUUCACAGGCUAAAGUCCCCUCAUCAGUAAAGAAUACAACUAGAUACAUUCCACAAGCUCCUGACAGGAUACUGGAUGCCCCUGAUAUCUUGGAUGAUUACUACCUCAAUCUAGUCGACUGGAGUGCAUCAAACAUCCUUGCCGUGGCUCUAGGCAACUCAGUCUACCUGUGGAACGCAGGUACAGGUCAAAUAGAACAGCUCUGUACUCUGGAAGGAUCUGAAACUGUAUGUUCAGUACAAUGGGUGCAGGGCGGCGGCUCCCAUCUCGCUGUAGGAACUUCUGCGGCGACUGUAGAGUUAUGGGACUGCGAGAAGAUUAAGAGGCUGAGGGUAAUGGACGGUCACACAGGUCGUGUAGGGUCCUUAGCGUGGAACAUGUACAUAGUGAGCAGUGGCGCGCGCGACGGGAACAUCGUGCACCACGACGUGCGACAGAGAGACCACGCCGUCGCCACCAUACAUGCGCAUACACAGGAGAUUUGCGGGUUAAAAUGGUCUCCGGAUGGUAAAUGUCUUGCAUCGGGCGGCAACGACAAUUUACUCAAUAUCUGGCCAAUUGCACAAGGACAGCAUUACUCGCAAACACAGCACCUGUACUCGUUCAAUCAGCACUUGGCAGCAGUAAAGGGCCUGGCGUGGUGUCCCUGGAGCGCCGGUAUACUAGCCAGUGGAGGCGGGACUGCCGACAGAACUAUACGCAUCUGGAACAUCAAGACUGGCGCCAACAUCAAUACUGUCGAUACUAAGUCACAGGUAUGCUCAAUCGUAUGGAGCACGCAUUACAAAGAACUGAUCUCCGGCCACGGCUACGCCAACAACCAGCUCGUGAUCUGGAAGUAUCCCGUCAUGUCACGUGUCGCUGAGCUCAACGGACACAUGGCAAGAGUACUACAUCUCGCACUCUCACCUGAUGGGACUACCGUACUCUCUGCAGGCGCUGAUGAAACACUCAGGCUAUGGAAAUGCUUCAUGUUGGACCCAUCCAAGAAGAAAGAACCAACGGAUUCGAAGGCAGCUAAAUCAUUACUCAAUAUGAACUCUUUGAUCAGAUAACUCGUUAUUGCGAGCUAUUUAGUUGACUGAAAGUGAUCUUACAAUAAUUUAAUUAAUUAUAAUUACAACUGUAUAUGUUGUAUAAUUGUGCCAGUGGUAUUGUUAAUUAUAGUUAUAUAAAAUUUUUGUGAUUUUUGACUUGAAACGUGCAUUACUUGCAUUGCAUGCAUAUUAACUUAAAGUUUAAAUUGAUAAACUUUUUAUGAUUUUUUCAUGUUAACGAUUAACACAGUUUUGUCAGCUUUCUUGGUAUGUUUUGUUAUAAGUGUUUGGUUUUUGACUAAUCAAGCGAAGUUGAGGUCGUUAAAUGCCGUUGUGACUAUUUUCUGGUUCUAGAAAUUUCCUUUCUUUCUUUUUCUACUUACUCUAAAUGUCCUAUCGAUUUUUAAUUCGCCAUUUCAUUACCUCGGCUUCCUUGUUUUAAGGGCUGUACAACUACAUGUUGUUGUAACUGUUUGUAAGACUUUAAAUAUGUGUUAAGAUGUUUUUAAUUAUGUAUGUAAUUUUUACAAUAAGAAAAUAAAGAUUUACCUACAUU